AUGAACAUGAGAAGAACACAGCUAUUGACUCCGUUACUUAGAGAAGAUAAAAUUGGAAUAUUGUGGGUCAAUUCGCAGCGUGAACAGUCAUCUGCCAAACUAGCGCAACAUUUAUGGAACAAAAGCACAUUCCGUAGUUGUACCGAUGGAGCUGCUAAUUUCAUCAUGUCGCUUGUCAAGAAUGAAAAUUACGUAAUACCUGAUUUGAUUUCUGGCGAUUUCGAUUCCAUUACCGUUGCGGCGAGGAAAUUCUUCGAAUCAGAGGUUGAAAUUGUGGAAACUCCUGAUCAAGACUACACCGACAUGUGCAAAGCACUGCAAAUUAUUGCUGAUAGGAUGAGAAAUAGAAAACUGGAUAUUUCAAAAGUUAUUGUUUUGGGCGGACUCUUUGGGCGUUUUGAUCAUGUAUUGUCAUCUCUACAUUCACUGCUACGAUUCGAUAGCUGCGAAAUUGCAAUUAUUGAUGGUGUUAAUCUGGUCACGAUUUUGCGUGAGGGUUCUACGAGCUUAGAUUUCGCUGGAGGCCAGCAUCUUUUAACAGGAAAAUGUGGCAUUAUCCCCUUAAUCCAACGCAAAACGAUGGUUUCAUCGAAUGGCUUGAAAUGGAAUUUAGAUAAUACAGAACUUGCAUUUGGCAAACUUAUCAGUACGUCCAAUGAAAUGGUCAGUGAUACAGUGUCGAUAACCUGCACAGCUCCAGUAGUGUUCACCAUAGAACUGUCAGAAAAUGCUUUAUCACUGCAAUAA